UUGUGAAAGAACAAAUUGGAUUCCACUUCCGAAAAGCUAAGGCUCAAACUGAAUUGUCCAAAUUGGUUGUGGAGGAAAAGCGACUGGGGUCCUCCGCUACUUCCUUUUUCUUUAACGUCACAGAUCUUACACCACGGAAACUGCAUACGUGAUACGACUAAGUUAGCCCAUUGAUUACCAAAAAAAAAUGUCCAUAAUCUAAAAAGGUGGCAAAAGAUACAGGGUGGAUUUCUAGUUAAUUUGUAACUUCGAAUUCGAGUUCAAUUCUACUUCGGAGCGCCAUUUUUGCCCCGUUAAGAGUCUUUAAUUUUGCUUUCGAGUCCCAGCUGCGCAAAACGUAUUACCGAAGAAUAGUUUUCUGGGAGAUGUUACAAGAGUUUGGUUAGAAGGGUCAUUCCCUUCUAAAGUGUUUGAUUCAAGUUAUCUAAAUGUCAAGAGCCAAUAUUUUGUUAUUAAGCUCAAUUCCUUGCCCUGUUUGGGUGUUUUUUGAGUCAGGAAGAUCAUAUGGCAACUGGUAUCGCUUCAGGAAGCGGACAGUUACAUUUGAGGAAGCCUGUCUACUGGAGGAGUAGCUAUGGAAAAGCUCACUGUCAUUCCAAUGUGAUCCUGAACGGCAUGCAAAACCAGAUCCCUUGGUCUUAUUGGGUUUCCAAAUUCUUGCGAGUUCAUAGAAGUAACUAUUCUCAAUGUCAAGUGAAAACAAACUGGAAGUCUCACAGCGGAACAAUCAAUUCUUGCCAGAGAGAUGGCUCAACUAGGUAUUUUGAUUUUGCUGUGAUUGGUAGUGGAAUUGCUGGCCUUCGAUAUGCUCUAGAAGUUGCAAAGCAUGGAACUGUAGCUGUGAUAACCAAGGCUGAGCCUCAUGAGAGUAACACUAACUAUGCUCAAGGUGGUGUAAGUGCUGUGCUCUGCCCUAUGGAUUCAGUGGAGAGCCACAUGCAAGAUACAAUUGUGGCAGGUGCUUACCUCUGUGAUGAGGAGACUGUUAGAGUUGUGUGUACCGAAGGACCUGAGAGAAUUAGAGAACUGAUUGCUAUGGGUGCUUCAUUCGAUCAUGGGAAGGACGGGAAUCUGCAUCUAGCCAGGGAAGGGGGCCACUCCCAUCGUCGAAUUGUCCAUGCUGCUGAUAUGACUGGCAGAGAGAUAGAAAGGGCCCUAUUAGAGGCAGUUUUUAAGCAUUCUAAUAUACAUGUGUUUCAACACCAUUUUGCUAUAGAUUUUUUGACCACUCAGGAUGGUUCUGACAUAAUAUGUCAUGGCGUUGAUACUAUAAAUACGGAAACACAGGAGGUUAUAAGAUUCAUUUCAAAAGUGACUUUACUGGCAUCAGGUGGAGCUGGGCAUAUCUAUCCAAGUACUACUAAUCCACUGGUUGCAACUGGAGAUGGAAUGGCUAUGGCUCAUCGAGCUCAAGCUGUAAUUUCCAACAUGGAGUUUGUGCAAUUCCAUCCAACUGCCUUGGCUGAUGAAGGCCUUCCCAACAGACCAAGUGCCAGAGAGAAUGCUUUUUUGAUAACUGAGGCUGUCAGAGGUGAUGGAGGCAUCCUUUACAACUUAGAUAUGGAGAGAUUUAUGCCAAUGUAUGACAAAAGAGCAGAGCUUGCCCCGAGAGAUGUGGUAGCAAGAAGUAUAGAUGACCAGCUGAAAAAGCGUGGCGAAAAUUAUGUUCUUCUUGAUAUCAGUCACAAGCCCAGAGAGAAGGUUCUGUCUCAUUUUCCUAAUAUAGCUGCUGAGUGUCUCCGCCAUGGGUUAGACAUAACACAGCAACCGAUUCCGGUGGUUCCUGCUGCUCACUACAUGUGUGGUGGAGUUCGUGCUGGACUUGAGGGUGAGACUAAUGUGCAAGGCCUUUAUGUGGCAGGUGAAGUUGCAUGUACUGGUUUACAUGGUGCGAACCGACUUGCUAGCAACUCGUUGCUUGAAGCACUAGUGUUUGCACGAAGAGCUGUACGACCUUCAAUUUAUCACGUGAACGUGUCUAGAAUUGAUCACGGUGCUUCAAGUUGGUGGCCUCGACCUGUAGCCCCAGUGGUACUAGGAGAUACAGUACUUAACAAAGUCAUUCGUCGGACAAGGGAAGUGAGGAAAGAACUACAGUCAAUCAUGUGGGAAUAUGUUGGAAUUGUUAGGUCUACCUCAAGACUAACCGCAGCUGAGAAGAGAAUCAGAGAGUUGGAGUUGGAAUGGGAAACAUACCUAUUUCAGCAUGGCUGGGAACCAACAAUGGUUGGACUAGAGGCUUGUGAGAUGAGAAAUCUCUUCUGUUGCGCCAACCUGGUAGUUAGUAGUGCUCUUUCUCGACACGAGAGUCGUGGGCUUCAUUACACCAUUGAUUUUCCUCAUGUUGAGGAAAGCAAGAGGUUGCCAACGAUCAUUUUUCCGUCACAGCGAAAUAGCUCAUGGAGCUCGCGGCAAUUACACAGGCAGCAGAUAUGUUAGAUGCUCUUACCUAUUUGCCAAUCCUUCCUGCUAAAACUUGUCAAGCGCAGGGCAUGAUUAGUUUUAGCCUUUUAGGUAAAGAAGAUGCUCAUGGGUUAUUGUCAUUCUUCCUGCCAUUACUUUUGGGGCAGGGCGACAUAAAAAAUAUAUAUAUCUAUACAUACAACCCAUAUAAUUUUGAAUGUGUAUCACUAUUUUAAUCUUAUAGCAUUAUUUUAUUAUCUGUUAACUUCAA